GCAUUCCUGUCGCGCUUCUGUUUCCUGUCUAUGCAUGGACACUUCUCCUACGACUUCGAAUACCCUUUGGAGUACCAAGUGCAAAACUUGCUGCUGUACUACGACGAAAAGCAUCAGUGGCCUGCCGUUUACAAGAAGCCUAAGACAUGUCAGCAGAAAGAAAGUGUGUUGAAUCCAAACAACGGGCAGAUAGUGAACCUCACGGAUUGGCAUUACUCUUCUGAGUGUUUGAAGCACAGGAUCGGCGAAGGGAAGAUGUUCUACAAGUGCGUUGCCCAGCGACGCUUUCGCUCCGUUCGAGAGCGCUGGUGGUAUAUCGCCAUCAGCAACUGCAACUCAACAAAGGGUCUUAUGCUCAACUACACCUUGCGAAUGUACAACAGUAACGACGAUUAUUGGUACAGGCACUUCUCAGCUGACGAGUUUUAUAUAUUACAGACGGAUAUUACAGCGUUGACAAUCUAUGCAUUGCUCUUCAUAGCGUGCUGUUUUGAAGCGUAUAUACUGUAUUCUCGGAGCUACCUGCACGCCACCUACAAAAUGUACAUGGUGUCUGUCUUCUGCCAACUCCUAAGCCUUAUCUUCCUCGUAGCCUACUACGCUUUGUAUGCUGAAGAUGGCAUAGGCAUGCCCCUAUUGAAGCUACUUGGUUUGGUGUUCUCCUCAGUGAGCACACUGAUCUUUCUGUUGCUGCUCAUCCUCAUUGCCAAAGGGUACACGGUGACGAGAGGUCGGUUGAAACCAAUCACAUCUGCGAAAAUAGGAACCUUCAUGACGCUUUAUGUUAUCGUCUAUUCUGCACUGUUCACAUACGAACAACAAUACUUCGACCCUGCUGAGGUGCUGUACCUCUACGAGAGUCCUGCUGGCUAUGGUAUCGUGGGGCUUCGUCUCGUUGGGUGGGGUUGGUUCGUGUACGCUACAGUCUUCACGCUGUUGCACUAUCCAGAGAAGGCAUCAUUCUACACCAGGUUGUUUCUGCUCUACACAAUAUGGUUCCUAUCAGCGCCGCUGAUAAUCCUCAUAGCAGCGUUCGUGGUGCCAAAGUGGAUGCGGGAGAAAGUCAUCAACAUCGUAGAAUUACUCGUCAUUCUUUUCGCUCAUGGUGUAUUUUUCGCACUUACGAGACCAUCGAAGGCCAAUAAGAACUUCCCCUUCCACGUAAGAACAACACAAGUGGACGUUGAACAUCAUCCUACGAUAGGAGUUAUAGCAGACAACUACAUAGAUCAGUUCCCUCAUCAUGCCUACGAACCAACACAAUCUGUUGUGCCGGAAGGGACCGUCAAUUACGAGGCCCUUUUUGGAGGUUCUAAUAACAACACGUUAGAACUCAAGUACUCCCAGCCUCUCAGCGUUACGCAUAUGCAGAGCCAAUGGAACAACAUAGAGGGUCCCACUUUGGAAGCUUUGCCCGAGGAUGAACCGCGAGAGUCUCCGAAGCUCGUUGCUCCAGAACCAGAUCUGGACGAAAAGGGUGGAGAAUCAUCCCUGUCUCCUGUUAAAGGAAGUUAACGGACUGCACUUGACAGUGUUUGGAACCCUUUCUGCCCAAUCGCGCAUAGCGAGCAGUGAACGUGACUGUUUCUCGCAAAGAAUGCCAUGUACACAGUGUGUUCCUGACUUGUUCGAUGGUGCGAAAAAGAGAUUUCUAUCGA